GAUGAGCCUGGACUUCUUGGAAGAUUUUGCAAGUGACUAUGAAAACGCAUUACUUCAAACUGGAUUUGGAUAUUUUCAAUUGCUUUUGCUGACAAUAUGUGGUUUAAUUUACAUGAACACGGCAAUUGGUGUGACAAUUAUAUCUUUCGUUUUGCCAUCUGCUACCUGCGAUUAUGCCAUGACAUCCACAGACAAAGGCUGGCUAUCUGCUUCACCUAUGCUAGGAAUGUUAAUUGGAUCAUAUUUUUGGGGAUGCCUCGCGGAUACAAAAGGUCGACGUGUGGUUUUAAUCACAACUUUAUUGGCAGAUGGUAUAAUCGGAGUAUUAUCUUCAAUUGCACCAAUGUAUUUCAUUUUUAUGUUAUUACGAUUAAUAAAUGGAUUCAAUGUUGCAGGAACGAUGUGUAUAAUAUUCCCAUAUUUGGGGGAGUUUCAAACUACGCAGCGUAGAGAAAAAAUAUUAUGUUGGAUGGAACUUUACUGGACUUUUGGAAUAAUAUUGCUGCCGGGAAUUGCGUGGUGUUUAAUUCCAUUGAAAAUCAAUAUUGGAUCUGGAAUAUUUUUUUUUCAUAGUUGGAAUCUUUUUGUUGCGCUGUGUGCCGUUCCCAGUAUUUUAUUAGGUCUUUGGCUAUUUGCGUUACCUGAAAGUCCCAAAUUUCUUUUGGAGCAUGGAGAGUCGGAAAAAGCCCUAGAAGUUCUAGCCCAUAUUUAUGUAAAGAAUACUGGACAAAGCCGCAGCAACUAUCCCUGCACUACUCUGAGGGAGUCAAUUCGUCCACUUCAGAGAGAUGGAGAGGCGAAUAUUGAUAAUUACCGAUUAGAAAAUAAUAGUUCUAGUGAACUCAAAAGAUUAUUUCUGGAAAUUUGGUACCAAACGAAAACUCUAUACAAGCAUCCUUACUUGAAGAACUCCCUUAUAACUUGUGCUAUUCAAUUCUGCCUAACUACGAGCUAUUAUACAUUGAUGGUUUGGUUCCCAGAAAUAUUUCAAAGAUACGAUGAUUUUGAGAAAACCCAUCCUGGAACACCUGCAUCAGUUUGUGAUAUUUCAUCGAUCGUUACUUCAAAUACGGUAAUGGCCGCGGCCAUGUCCAUGACUUUUGGACGUGGAGGAGCCUUAUUGGGUAACCUUAUAUUCGGAUUUCUCAUUGAUCUAAACUGCAUAAUACCAAUAGUUCUUUUUUCGGGUAUGCUGUUCACAAGUGCCUUUUUGUGCUGGCUUUUACCAACAACUGGAGGAGAUGAUUUAGACUAAGCCUUUCAUAUUUUCAACUGUUUAUUGAUUUAACAUAUUUACUUAUAAUAUUAAUGAUACAAAUAUAAAUGA